AAAGAGUCAGCGCUUACUGUUGAUAAACUAAAAGUUAAUUAAAAGUUAGUCUUUCCAGUUCAAGGAUCCAACUUAAGCGAGCAAACUGUUAAAGUUUUCUACAGUUCAACGCAAUCUGAAAGUCUCUGAUGCAAUUACUCAACAAGUCAUAUGUAAAACGGGUGGCAAGUUCAGUGAGCGGAGAGUAAAUUGAGCCCGGCUGUGAAGAUAUAAUUGCUGCUGCUGACUUGCAGGAUAGAUGCUGACCUACAGAGGCUUGCUGCCAAACUCCGCCCGUUAACGCAACCGGACAUCUCUCAUAGAGUUAUACUGGUACCCGGGCUAGUAUAUCUCCCUGGCAUCUCCGGGAUCUGACCUGCUCGCGUGGAGACUGCAGGAUGUCUAAUGGGACAGACGUUGACAAAAAAAGUAAAAGGAAAAGGAAGGGAAGUGUCACUCAUUUUCCCCUGGAUGGACACAUCUUGAGUAACACUCACAGUGUGGAUAUAGAGUCUUCAUUUGGCAGUAAUGGUGUGAGGAUGGAGCCGUUCCCAGAGAGUAAUGAGACUGGAAUCCUUUAUCUGAACCCUCAAACACCAAACUGCUCUCUUGUGGAGAGGUUUGCAGGGCUCUCACCAGGAGAAGAAACACCAAUCCAGGAUGAGCAAGAACACAAAGGGGCAUCGCUACGAUGCACUACAUAUACUAAGACCAAUGAAAUAUGUAAACCAAAUGAUGUGCUCCUGGAUGCUGUGACACAGAAUGAAAGGAUGUUCUUGGAACAAUCCAAGAGCCAAAGUGAUGUCUCAGACCAACAGAGGACAUCUAAGCUAGAGUUAAGUGGCGAGGAAUCUUCUCCAAGCGAAGGUGAGAAUAAGACCAUACAUCUGAAUGUAAAUAGUCCUUCAGUUAUGAAAUUGCUUAAAAAGUGUAAAGACGACAAAAUCCCUCGACUUUUGGUAGCAAUGAAAAAACGCAAUGGAGUCGACACUGACUCAGAGGAACGUCCAUUCAAAUGCACGCACUGCCAAUGGGCUUUUAAGAAGCUGUGUAACCUGCAGAGUCACUUACAAACACACACAGGCCUCAAGCCGCAUGUAUGUGAUAUAUGUGGCAAGGCUUACUCUCAUCAAGGCACGCUGCAGCAACACAAGCGUCUGCACACGGGUGAAAGACCAUAUCACUGCCCCUUCUGUGUCAAAACCUAUAUCUGGUCCUCAGAUUACCGUAAGCAUAUCCGUACACACACUGGUGAAAAGCCGUACAUCUGUGACACCUGCGGCAAGGAUUUCAUCCGCUCUUCAGACCUGCGGAAGCAUGAGCGGAACAUGCACACCAAUGACAAGCCCUUCCCAUGCACGCACUGCGGCAAGACCUUCAAUAAACCCCUUGCUCUGAAGCGCCACGAGCGUAAGCACCUGGGAGAAAGACCCUUCUCCUGCCCCGACUGUGGGAAGAGGUUUGCCCUGGCCAGCCGCAUGGCAGAGCACCAGAAAAUCCACAGAGGGGUGCGUCCUUUUGUCUGCUCUGUGUGCUCCAAGUGUUUCACAAAGUCCUCCAACCUGACCGAGCAUGAAGCCAUUCACAGCGGAGUGCGGCCCCAUAAGUGCACAGAAUGUGGCGUGGCAUUUGCCAUGGCUUCCCGUCUUGUUCGUCACCAGUUCAUACAUAGUAAAGAGAAACCCCACAACUGCGUGGGCUGCAGCAAGAAUUUUAGCCACCCAGCAAAACUGAAGCUUCAUCAGGAGCAAAACUGUGCUGGGAGGAUUUUUGUCUGCACAGAAUGUGACAAAUCUUUCCAGUGUUCCACAAAACUUGCUCAGCAUUUGCAGAAACAUGGGGACAAAAGUGUCGCAGCCUGUUAAAGACAAGAACUGUACAUAUCCAUUACUGUGCUACAGCUGUUUCAUUUCAGUUAUUAAGGUCAAGAAACAUUGGACAAAAGGUUAUAGGGCACCACUUUACAUAUGCUAAUGUGCAAUAUUUAUUUAGAGUGCCAUGAGCUGUAAAAUGUUCACUCUGUUUCCCCAGGGUGCUGGGUUCCCACGAGAAUGUCUUGGGAUAAAAAUUACCGCCAGCACAGCACUGAAACUGGAGCUGACAGUUUAAUGGUGUGAUAUGAAACUCAUUAAAAGAGCACUGAACCCUUUUUUAAAACUGUGAAUACACUGUAAAUGUAAUUAAUGUUACCCACAAUAUAGCAGUUUUGCAUUUAGGAGAGUCAGGCAUUUUAUCAUACGACUUCUUCAAUCAUGCACUACAGCCCUGAACUUUACAACACAUUUCCCAAAGGAAGUGCCUGUGGAAAUGCAGAUGACCAGUCAGACUGGACAUUAAAUGUCUUUAGCCUGCCUCAUACAAAGUCAGCGUAGUGUUCACCUGUGCUCACUUGACAGUAGUUUAGGUAAUAGUUGACAAGUUUCUGUCUUUCCUUUUUGUUCUUUAUAUGGAAAAAAGGCACAUCCGUUCCUCCUCCUUUCUUGUCCUGAAUUUACAGACACACAUAAAUGCACCACCACUCUGUAGCAACAGUGGCAGAAGCCAAACAAAGGAUACGGCUCUUGAGUAGAUAAGAUUUUGCAUCACUGAUACUAAAAACAUUACCGUGACAACAUUAAUAGACCAGUGCAUUUUUAAUCAUUCAGGGAAGCUGGAUUGCCAGUCAGUUACUGCUUACUCUUUUUACUGAUUUGGACUUUUUGGAUGUGAAUUUCAUGUACUAGUACUUUGUAUUCAUAGUGCGCUUUAUUUAUUCAACUACAGCAUUUGUCAUGCUUACUUUUGUAGUUUAAUUUCUAUUUUACCAAUAGAAAUACAUAUAGUGAGAAAAAUUGAGUUUGCUCGGAUACAAAGUGUGAUAUUUUCUAAACACAGUAACAGCAUUUGUGAUAUUGUACUAGAUGUUAGAUUCCUAUAUGUUAGGUUUAAAUGUAUUUUAAUCAUGCAUGCUGCCGUUUUCUGAGUUUUAGUUCUUUCUAAUCAUAUUGCUACAUGUACUAGAAGCGUAGCAUGUUUGGAGUUUAUCAGUGAAUAAAAGUGAACUAGCAUUUUACUGUGAAUCCGAGUUUCAAUAAAGAUUUUGUAUAAGGUGUCUGCCUGUUGAGGAGUUUUUUUAUUUGUUUAUUUUCCAACUAUCAAAAUAUGUAACUUUGUUCAAAAUAUACUAGGUUCUAGUAUAGUCUCAUCUGGAUGCCGUUUUAAGCAGUCUUUCAUAAAUCCACUCAGAUAAUUUGUAUAGUGACACUUUAUUGGCAGGAGGUAUGCCGUAGUUCACAUGCUGCUUAUCUGCAUGUGUGUGUUUGUUUGUGCGUGUGUUGAAUUCAAGGCCAGCGUGUGCCACUCAUUCUUGGCUACUGCAGACUAAUCGUAAAAGGAGACGGCACCUGCCGUGUUGUCACUUGCUCUACAUUAAUUGAGAGGCUCUGUCAGGAAUUACAGCUAUUUCUUGGCAAGAUGUAAUUAUUCAAUAUGUCACUAUUAACAUGACUGCAGAUACAGCUUUUAAUACUUUUCUCUGUGGCAAGAAUCUGCUGAAAAGCUAGAGAGUAAACACAUUUCAUGUGGUCGUAUAGAGGUACAAAAAAACUGACAUAUACAUUGAAACUUAAAGUCAAAUGACUUAACAUCUCAGUUACAUCCAAACAUGUUUACAAGGUGACACAGAAAUAAAAACGGUCAAUCUAAAAUCAAUUACAAGAGUAUAUAUUACUGUUUUUUUAUAUACAUUUUAAAGAGCAGUGUGUAAACCUUCAACCUUUUAUAUGCUAAGCUCCAUUUCAUUACAAAUAAGCCAUCAGCACAUAAACAGUUUGGUCCUGGAAGCGUCUGCUCUCUGGUGGGUGUAGAGGCUGUAAGAGGGUACUGGGUAUGAUGCCCAGUGUGGUGCCCAUAAUGUGAUAUAAUAGCUAGCUCUGCAAAGCUGGGCUACAAAAUAUGCUUAAAAACCUUCUGUGACCA